AUGAUAAGAAAAAACUGGUUAAAAGAAGAAGAAGAUCUUUUGGUCAAAUUGGUAAAGGAAAAAGGCCACAAUUGGACUGAAAUUGCUCCCAACUUCGAUGUUACUCCAAAUGCCUGCCACAAAAAGUAUAAGGAUUUGUUAAAGAAUCUUGGCAGGAAAAGAUCGUUCUGGACUGAUGAAAUGAAAGCUAAUCUCCUUAAAUUAGCAAAAGAAUAUGCCGAUAAAGGAAUAGAGAAAUGGAAGAUUAUUGAGGAAAAAUUAGGAAAAGAAGCUAAAGCUUGCCAACAGCAUUUUUAUUAUUUAGUCAAACAGCACGGGUUGGAUUCUAAUGAUUUCAACAGCGUCAGACCAUUUUGGACCAUGGAAGAGAAGCGCGAAUUGACUGAGUUAGUCAAUUUGCAUGGAAGGAAGUGGAAGAAAAUUGAGAAACUAAUUAGCUGCAACAGAGAUGCUCAUUCUUGUCAGAGCCAGUUUAUGCUAUUAGAAAGUAGACAGAAUGAUCCAAUUGAAAAGAAGUUGAACGAUAUCUUUCAAGCAACGACUUCAGAGACAGAUUUGAAUGAAAUCUCUCUUUACGAAUUCUUCAAUAUCCCAACAAGUAGAUACAAUGGGGUUCCAGCAUCGACUUUGUUGGUGGAUCAAGCAGAUGAAGUUGAUGAAGAAACAUUUCAUCGUUCUUACAUGGCUGGAGAUACUGAAUUUAGUGUACGUGAGGUUGCAACUGGUAGAUUGGUCAGAAAAACCAUUGAGGAGAUUUAUCUUUCCAGUGGAACAUAUGAAACAUAUAGUAUUGAAUCUGGAUUUAAUGUGGAAGAAAUUGCAAAUGAAGUAUUAGAGUUGAGUGCUACUUGUUUCAAAGCAAAAUUAUAUUUCAAUGAAUGUGCUCGAAUUGUUGAAGAGAAACGUUUCAUAUUUUCCGAACAAGUUCAAGUCCGUCCAGAUGAGUGCAGUAGUGUGAGAUUACCUGUAUCAGAUCUUCAAGACAAUAUGUUCAUCAUUAAUAACUAUCAAUUGAAAUCCAAGGAAAAGCUUGUAAGAACAUCAUUACCAUGUGGUCAACUUACUGACACCACCCAAACAAAAGAAUAUUUUGACAUUUUGUUCAGAACUUUCCCAACUCUAGUUGACUCCAAAGACAAACAGGGAGUCAUGGUUCAACUAUUGGGAGCCUAUUUAGCAGAUGGUGAUGGAGGAUACUUUAAAUUGUAUUUUAAUGCCAAAAAUGAGCAAGAACUUACCUAUUAUUUUACAGAUUUCUUAAAAGAAAUUUGUGAAUUGAAUUCAGAGACAAUAAGAGAGGAUCUUAAAUUCAAGAAAGAGGAAGAGUAUGUCACCAUUAAGCUCAAUGAUAAGAAUGCUGACAAGGAUAUUGAACGAGUCUUACAAAAUGGUUAUCAAAUAUCCGGGUCCAUACUUGUUGCACCUGCAUGUACUGGCUUACACAGAUUUUUAAAAGAAAUAGAAUUGUUAUGUAAUAAGUAUAAUGGCAGUUACCAAACUAGAAAGAAUUUCUCUUCCAUCUUCAACAUUACAAAUUUUGGUAUGUUUAGCUUGUACAAAUUUUUCGAAGGUUCUGUACAAGGAGAUGGCACAUUAGAGAGUAAUCGUGUAACGUUUGGUCAGAAUUGUUCAAUUUCAGAUACUCACCAACAGUACUUUAAUCAGGUCCACCAUUGUGCAACCAUGCUUGGGUUAAAGACUGGCGUGGGUAAAGUGUGUGAAGAAACUACAGGUUUGAAAAUGACUGGUAAGAACAUGACCAUUUUUGAAAGUGAAGGACUUGAGAAAAAGAAAGUAAAUGCAGAUGUUGUGUUUAGACCAUUUAAUCUUACAGUUCAAAGAUUAAUAGGUGAAUCAAUGAAGAAGAUGUACUGUUUCAAGAAGAGUAAUCACUCCUUCCCAAUGUUUAAUGGAAUGAUAGUGCAAAAUGUUGAUACUGAUCUAGUUUCUGCUAAAAUAUGUUAUGGGAAUAGAUGGGAAAUUCGUGAAAUGGACAACUAUGAAUCUGCUGCCACUUUCUGCUUGAAGAAAUAUAUUGCUUCCUUAGGGUUUCCAAGUGACCGUAUGACAAGAAAUGCUGUAAGAAGAUUAAUACUAAAAAUAGAAGGAAUAGUAUCUGUUAAAAGAAAGCAAAAAUCAAACAAGGAAUCAAACAAGAAAGUUAAAACACAAUAA